UUAAAGAGGAUUUGUGUUUUGUGUACAUGGCAUAUUUUUAAUUUGAUAAAAUUUAAAGCAAAACAUGAAAUAAUUUGCGUGAAAUCAGUAACAUGGCAUUUGUGAGUGCAGUUACCGGUGAUGACUCCACGAGAAAAUUUAUGGACGUCUUGCAGAAUGAUUUCAAGACACUUAGCUUGGAAACCAAGAAAAAAUAUCCCCAGAUAAGAGAGGCAUGUGAUGAAGCAAUAGAAAAGCUAUCCCUAGCUGCCAAUAAUCCGCAGGCUUCAUUGUAUGGAGUUGUCAAUCAAAUACUAUAUCCUCUUGUACAAGGUUGUGAGUCAAAAGAUGUGAAGAUUAUAAAGUUCUGUCUGGGCACUAUUCAACGCCUGAUUGCCCAACAAGGCAUUGAUGCCAAAGGAGCCAGGCAUAUAGUUGACUGCUUGUUCAACUUGGGCCAGGCAAAUACACUUGAGCUGAAGUUAUUACAAACAGCUGCAUUGCUUAUGACUACCUCUGAUCUAGUACAUGGGGAUACUUUAGCUAGGACAAUGGUCCUGUGUAUGAAAAUGGUGGCAGCCUGUGAGGGUCGAGAUGUGAGCACAAGUCAUGCUGCAGCGGCCACUGUGAGGCAACUUGUUGCUUUAGUCUUCGAGAGGGCACUUGCUGAGGCAGAUGGCACACUGAAAGUGAAUCCUGCUGAUGUCAGAAUACAAACGAAUCAAAAAGCUCCAAAGGAUCUUAAACCUUGUGCUGUUGAUGCCUAUCUUAUUUUACAGGAUAUCAUACAAUUAAUCAAUGGUGAUGCUGCAAACUGGCUUGUUGGAAUAUCUGAUGUUCCAAAGACGUUUGGCUUGGAAUUGCUUGAUACUGUACUUACUGAUUUUUCACCUGUGUUCUUUAAAAUAACAGAAUUUAGAUUUUUACUGAAGGAGCAUGUAUGUGCAUUGAUAAUCAGGCUGUUUUCGCCAAAUGUUAAGUACAGGGCAGCGUUUACUGCCCCCCAUAUACCAGGUGGUGGAGCGGUGGGAACCCCUCCCGCCCCAGAUAGACCCCACUUUCCUGUUACUAUGAGAUUGCUUCGCUUGGUUUCUAUCAUACUGCACAAGUAUCACGAUUUACUGGUGACCGAGUGUGAGAUAUUCUUAUCUUUAACAAUAAAAUUCUUGGAUCCGGACAAACCGUUAUGGCAAAGAGCGCUCGCUUUGGAAGUGCUACAUAAAAUGACUAUACAACCUGAUCUUCUCAAAUCUUUCUGCGAGUGUUACGACAUGCGUCCGCACGCAACGAACAUCUUUCAAGAUAUCGUGAACGCGCUGGGCGCGUACGUCCAAAGUUUGUUCGUCGCUGCCAAUGUUAAUACUCAACCUGGAUCAACCGGGGUUCCUCAACAAGCUGGUUUUUAUUGGAAAGGUGUAUGGCUACCGCUUUGCGUCAUCUUCGAGCCUGGUACUGCAAAGUCUGUUUACAUAGAAAUGCUCGAUCGAACAGAAGCCCCCACAAUCCAAGAUGGCUACGGCAUAUCAGUUGCCUACGCAUGUCUUAUAGAGAUAAUUCGGUCCAUCGCUAUUAGUGUUGAAGGUGAAGAGUAUUAUAGGUUACAGGAACUGUAUGAUGAUAAUCAAAACGACAAUGAUGAGAAGGAAGUAAAUUCUAAUACCAAAGCUAUUAGUAAUAAAGACACAAAUGAGACCGAGACCAGAGAAAUAACGAAGAACGGACAUAGUGAGUCUGAUCAGAACUCGAAUAUAGUUAGGAAGGAUUCUGAAACGGAUGACAAAGAUCGGCAGCUUAGCUUACAGCUUAUAAAGUCAUCUUGGUGUGGUUUAGUUUGGGGUUUAUCAGUACUUGCAGAGGCCAGUAUUGGAGAACUGGAGAAUAUUUUGUGUGCCAUACAGACGCUUGCGAGAGUCAGCGGGAAGGUGGGUGUAACAAACGCUCGCGAUGCGUGUAUAGGCGCUCUAUGUCGUUGCGCUUUACCGGCUCAGUACUGUGUGCCUGUGUUAGGUGCAUUAGCGGCAUUAGCGUGUCCGUGGCCCGCUGCGCGUGCGCAACCCUCUCCACAGGCUGAUCUGAGACAUCAUGUUGUAUGGGUCGGGACUCCCUUACCCUGUGCGCAGCCACCUGGCCAGCAGCAGUCGUUCGUGAUGGUGACCUCUCGUCACGUCACAGCAAUGCGUGCCCUGCUUCAGGCGGCACGCCGGGAUGGAGACACUAUGCAACAAGCUUGGCUUCCGGUUCUUACUACGCUACAGCAUCUGGUAUGGAUCCUAGGUCUGAAGCCGUCGACAGGUGGGAGUAUGAAAGCCAGUCGUGCAAGUGCCGACGCCAAUGCUGUCAUGAGCACUUCCGCUGUCAUGGCUGACCUUCCUGGUCAGCAAGUUCCCGUGGCGGAAUCUCUGGGAGUAAUGAGCGGUAUUGAUAUCUCUCUAUCGGCAAUGUUAUCGAGAGUGUUCGAGGCUUCAAAGAAUCUGGAUGAUGUUGCUUUGCACCACUUGAUUGAUGCUCUAUGUAAAUUGUCCAAUGAGGCUAUGGAUCUGGCAUAUUCGAAUAGGGAGCCAUCAUUGUUCGCGGUGGCAAAACUUUUGGAGACAGGGCUGGCAAACAUGCAUAGGAUCGAAGUGAUGUGGAGACCUAUUACUAAUCAUUUACUUGAAGUGUGUCAACAUCCACACAUACGCAUGAGAGAAUGGGGAGUAGAAGCCAUCACUUACCUUGUCCAAGCCGCAUUUCAAUAUCAUCACAAUAACCCUGCGUUAGUUACAGAGGCCCGCGAGCGCCUUAUACUUGAACCACUAGCAGAAUUAUGUAAUGUACGUCAUUGCGACGUACGCGCUCGUCAGUUAGAAUGCGCGGCGAGAUUAUUACACUCCCGCGGGGAGCAGCUCGGUGCCGCUUGGCCCUUGAUGAUGGAGAUCAUUUCUGCUAUAUGUGAUCAACAUAGCGAACAAUUAGUACGGUCAGCAUUUCAAUGUGCGCAACUAGUAGCCGGAGACUUAUUAGGAUGUGCGGGACCCCGGUGCUUACGCCGUGUGCUAGCUGCCGCUGCGGCCUUUGCCAGGCAGACCAAGGAGCUCAAUAUUAGCCUUACAGCUGUUGGUCUUAUGUGGAAUAUAUCAGACUAUUUAUACCACAAGCGGGAUAAAUUGUCUGUGGCCCUCGCGAACGAAGCGGCCGCUUGUCCGGAAUAUCCCGAUUUACCACCUCUGGACAGACUUUGGAUGUGUCUUUACGUACGACUUAGUGAGCUAUGUACGGAACCGCGAGCUCCAGUGCGUCGUGCAGCCAGUCAGACAUUAUUCAGCUGUAUCGGAGCACACGGGACCCUAUUGAGCAAACCCGCGUGGAGAGCAUUACUUAAUAUACUCUUCCCUAUGUUGCAACAGGUACAAAAACAGUCGAACAUUGCGAGUUCGGAAAAAGUUGAUACAGGAGAACAUAUCUUGAUACAUCACACCAGAAACACAGCGCAGAAGCAAUGGGCCGAAACACAGGUUCUAACCCUAUCGGGUGUGUCUCGUGUGUUCCACUCGAGGUUCCAGUUAUUGACUUCCGUUGGGGAUUUCCAGAGGUCGUGGACGGCACUGUUAGACUUUAUUGUUGAUUUUGCACUAAGGAAGAGUCACGAGGUAUCAGUAGCAGCGUUAAAGUCAUUCCAAGAGGUGGUGACGGCAGCAGGUCGUGUUGAAAGUGAGAGUGCGGCCAGCAACAAACGCAUUUGGUCUGCUGCGUGGGCUGCUUGGACCAGUAUAGCGUCUAACCUGCAUUCUGAUACAGCCGCUAGGACAGUGCCAGAGGAGGGUAAACCUGUUGAGUUGUAUUCGCCAUCACUGAAUUUCCUUACUACUCUUGUGCAGAUCUUCCCUCUCAUCUUCCAACAUAUACGACCAUCUUUUACCCCAAAAGACGUAGAGCAACUCGGCCAAUGUCUAUGCAAAGUGUGCAGUGUUGAACCGUCCGCAUCCGCACUUGACGGCCUCGGUACGGGCACGCCCGCUAGUAUGCACGCGCUGCAUUGCCUCGACACUGUACAUAAGGAGGCCCUAGUCCGCCAUGAGUUAUUACCAGCGAUGUUCUCAGCACUAACAUCUCUUGCGGAUGUCGUAAGCUCCCAAGCGGCAGCAAGUGCCCGUUGUCUUUCCGCUGCCGCAGCGCUGUACCGGGCUGCGCCUGCGCCGAGUAAACAUAUUCUACCGCACUUACUGCAGGCUCUUCACACAGCAGUAAAGAAGUGCAGUCCUGAGAAACGAAGACGGAACAGCGAGAGAGAAAGAGAUCAACCGGAUGAGACGGCGCAAAUUGCUACAUUGUUGUUGCAGGUUCUGGCCACUGGGUUACCGUUAGCGAGAGAAAAGCCUGACGAUUACAAAGAGUUCUGGGAAAUAUUGCCCGGCGUGCUCGAAACGUUUAUGUUUGAACCACCUGUGGGGUGCGGCGGCCAAGCCCGUGAAGUCGUAUGUGUGAUCCGCGAUGAAGUGUUGGGCGGUUCCCCUCGAGCACCCGCCCAUGCCGCUAGACGCGCCCUGCAUCUCGUCAGAGCGGGAUCCAUGCAUGCCAACCACGCUGCUAAAAACGAGCAAGAACUACGGGAACGUGAGGAAUUUGCCCGAGCGUGCUUUGAGACUUUAUUGCAGUUCUCGAUGUUGGAAGAUGUCGAUUCUAUCGCAGCCGGAGAUGAAGACGCAGACCCACUAGCCAUAAUGCCACUUCUAGACCGGUUUCAAGAAGUCAUCUCGAAAUACAGUUCUGAAGACGAUUCAGAACCUUUAUCCAGACAUCAGCUGUCUGAGAUUUCGUUUGUCCUAAAAGCGAUAGCGACCCUCACUGAUGCCAUGAAGCGAGCGCCGCCCGCAAAAGUAGACGCUACGGCCUGGCAGAAGCUUAUAGGUAUAUACCCGCUGAUAGUGGGUCUGGCAGCGGGGGGACGUGCCUCGGGGCCCGGUGGUUCAGGGCCCGCAGUGCGAGAAGCCCUCCUGCAGUUCGGGGGUCUUCUCGCUGCGCCGCCCUAGCGCCUGCUUUACACCAUUCACAUAUAGAGCACGAGGCUUUAAAACCGUCGUCAGCCUGAACAAUCCUUGCUAGAGAUCAAAUAGAAUGGGUUCUGUCAGGUCUUAUGGGCCGUUUUCAGGUUUUAUUACGAAGUUCCGAAUUUAUGAAAGAAACCGUUAUUUUAAGGAAGAACAUUUUUUCGUCUGCGAAGGUGCAUGGCCGUUAUAAACACAACACUAUAUUAAAAUAGAAUCACAUACAUACAUAUUUCUGUUUUUUAAAAUCCAAUAAACUUAUUACGGGUUCAUCGUCGGGGGAAUCCACAAAUAUCUAAGAUACUUGAUAUCUAUUUCCAAUAUUAUGUUCGGUAACACUAAUUGCUAAUAUACUGAAAUCUGCACCUUGCGAAAUAUUUAGAUAAAAAAGUUGGAACUUUUACAACCAGCGAAUCGAAAGAAUAAGGCUCAGCCAUCCUUGACAGAAUCCAUUCGUGGCACUUAUAAUUUCUGGGCGAUUUUAGGCUAGGAUUCAAUGUUAAAAUUAGCUUAAGCCAAUAAAUAAUUUCGCCACUGAUAUUUUUGGCUGUGAAUUGGUGAUAUGGCUUAGUCGUUGAUUUAAUUCGGCUGACGACAUCAACCUGCUAUAGUGCAACGUGAAUAGACUAGUACGCGUAGUGCGAGAUUGUGUUGCAUAGUCAAUUCGAGUGAUCAUCGAAAUAGUGACGUUAGUGUAAUAAUUAAUCAUCUAAAGGCUUGUCGAAAUUGAGUUUUUGUGUAUACUUGAUUUGUAAAUUACAUUUGUAUGCAUUAUACUAAUAUUUCUACUUCCAUGAGCUAGUAUACAAAUAAAUUUUUGGCAGAACUGCGAUCUAAUUGAAUCUAAAGCUAAUUUUGAGUCUUCAAGUCAUUGUGUAACCAUAGAUAUAAUGAAAAUAAUAAAUUUUCCACUUAGUUAAUAUAAUUGCAGCAACUUCCAGACUAGUUAUAUGUGCAUAUUUUUGUUUAUCUAGAAAUUAUAUGUAGGUACAUGCUGUAUUCACAUUCCUGUUUGUGAGUUAUUUAAAAUUUCCCAAAAAAUCGGACAUAAGUAGUUAUAGGAAUACCUCAUAGAGGUUGCAUGCAUUAUUACUUUUAUACGAUAGAAGCUAGCAACACACUAGAUAUCCAUAGUUGUAUUUUAGUAAUAUUCAAUAUACAAUAUUUUCAGGACAAGUAAACGAAAGUAAAAUUUUGCUUAGACAGAAUUUAUUAGUCAGUAGGUAUAUGGAAUAGACUGAACGAUUUAUGCACAGAUAUUCCAGCAAUUAUGAAACAAAAAGUUAAUCUGGAAUUCUAUCUUGACUGGUACGUAACAAGUCAUCUUCGACUUCUCUACAAGAUGGACUAUUUUCACUCAGUUUAUUCCAUGUUUCCUGUCUAUGAUAUUAAGUAGAUGACAUGCUAAUAAAUAGAUUAGUAGUUGGCCUAAAUAGGUUUUUAGUGUGCUCUAUAAUUUGUAAUUUAUUUUCAUAUAAUUGUGUUGUAAACUGAGUUACCGAAGUUUAUGAAAUUGUAAUGCAAUAAUGAAUACUCUUAAGGAUUAACUGUUUGUUGUAAUUAUGAACGUUAUUUUUAAAUAUUCUAUUUAAGUUAUUCGUUUGUG